CCGGGUCAAAGCCGGAGCUGGGCCGGGUGAAGUAAACAGAAGUGGGGCGGAGGAAGCCAAAAAGACACCGUCGCAACGUAAAAAGGGCCGCCGCUUUCUCCGACCAGCUGCUUCCUCUUCGCCGCCAUGGGGAAAUCCUUCGCUAACUUCAUGUGCAAGAAGGACUUCCAUCCCGCCUCCAAGUCCAAUAUUAAAAAGGUAUGGAUGGCAGAACAGAAAAUAUCUUAUGACAGAAAGAAACAAGAAGAAUUAAUGCAGCAAUAUCUUAAAGAGCAAGAAUCUUAUGAUAACAGAUUGCUUAUGGGAGAUGAACGUGUCAAGAAUGGUCUAAAUUUUAUGUAUGAAGCGCCACCUGGAGCAAAGAAAGAAAACAAAGAGCAGGAGGGAGAAACUGAUUACAAAUUUGAAUGGCAGAAGGUAGCUCCACGUGAAAAAUAUGCUAAAGAUGACAUGAACAUUAGAGACCAGCCGUUUGGCAUCCAGGUGAGGAAUGUGAGAUGCAUUAAAUGUCACAAGUGGGGCCACGUUAACACAGACCGGGAAUGUCCUUUAUUUGGCCUUUCUGGAAUUAAUGCAAGCUCCGUUUCCAAUGAUGGCUCAGGGCCAUCGAUGCACCCCUCAGAGCUAAUAGCGGAGAUGAGAAACAGUGGGUUUGCGCUGAAACAAAAUGUACUGGGGAGAAACUUGACCGCAAAUGAUCCAUCCCAGGUAAUGAUCUUUUUAUCAGUAAGCUGAAAAUGUGUGUAAAUCUAAAUGUGAUCGGUUGUGAAUUGUUGCUUAAUGUUUUUGUAAUAUGCAUAACCGUAGGAACGCCAGAUAGGUAGAGAAAGCUCUGUGUCUCUUAAAAUACCGUCUUCUUUUCCUCUUCUUUUCUUCUUUUUUUUGUUAGCUGGAAUAAUAGUCUAGAAUUUGUUCAAUCCAUAGUUUAAUAAAUGAAAAGCCUCCUGCAGGUUAGUAGAGAUUAUCUACUAGAGGAAAUGGCUUUGACUUUUCUUUACUUGCUUAUGAUGGCAGCUGUUUUAUCUAAUUCUAUCCCUGGGUGGAAAAAUAAUGACAGUGCCGACCAGGGGAUGCCAUAGUUUGGAGGUGCAAUUCUGAAUACUGCCCUGUGUGUUGCUGGAGAUUGUAUCAUUUCUCUCUGCAUGGCUACCAGAAGGGAAGCUUGACAAAUGUAGGGUAAACCCUUGCUUAUCAGAGAUGGGGAUAUGUCACCAGGGCCGGAGUUGUGCUGCUAUUUCUUUUGUUGCUGUCCUGCUUCUUGGAUUUUACCUCACUACAGUAGAGUUAAACCACCUUCAGACGUCGGACAGAAGAACAUGAUGCCAUGCUUACCGACUAGAGACCUUUCUCAGCAAAAGGAGCAUCUUAAUAGCAGAUUAAUUGGGACGCAGUGGCUCAGUGGCUAAGACGCUGAGCUUGUUGAUCAGAAAGUU